AUGUUCGGAUCCAAGGAGAAGUCGCCCCAGGCGAGCGAGGGCGAGGUCACGCCCACCAACGGUUCCAAGACCGACCUCGAGACUGGCGAGACCGGCGGCCUUCACCGCACUCUUCACAGCCGUCACCUGCAGUUCAUUGCCAUUGGUGGUACCAUUGGUACCGGUCUCUUCCUCGGUAGCGGAAAGGCCAUCGCGACCUCCGGGCCCGUCGGCACCCUCAUCGCCUUCAUCUUCAUCGGCAGCAUCGUCUACUCCGUCAUGACGGCCCUGUGCGAGAUGGCCACCUACAUCCCCGUCCCCGGCGCCUUCACCUCGUAUGCCUCCCGAUUCAUCGACCCCACCCUCGGCUUCGGCAUGGGCUGGAUGUACUGGUUCAGCUGGUCCAUCACCUUUGCCCUCGAGUUGACCGCCGCCGGCGUCAUCAUCCAGUACUGGAACGACUCUCUGAGCAUCGCCAUCUUCAUCACCGUCUUCUGGGUCGGCUCCGUCGGCAAGUUCAUUGGCUUCUGGUCCGUCCUGAUCACGGCCGGCUUCAGUUUCCAGGGAUCCGAGCUGGUCGGUAUUGGUGCCGGCGAGACCAAGGACCCCGAGAAGAGCGUGCCCAGUGCCGUCCGCUGGACCUUCUGGGGCAUCUUCAGCUUGUUCGUGUCCACCAUCUUCUUCGUCGGCCUCCUCGUUCCCUCCAACGACCCGUCGCUGCUGCUCGACUCCCAGGAUGCUUCGGCGUCUCCCUUGGUUAUCGCCGCCAACCUGGCCGGUGUCAAGGUCCUUCCUGACAUCAUCAACGCGGUGCUCUUGACUGCCGUUCUUUCCGCUGCCAACUCCAACGUGUACUCGGGCUCUCGUAUCCUCGUCUCGCUCGCCAACGAGAGGUGUGCGCCGCAGUUCAUGACCUGGACAAACAAGUACGGAACCCCUUACAUGGCGGUUGCCACCACGUCGGCUGUCGGUCUGCUCGCGUACAUGAACCUGUCCCAGGACGGUGGCGUUGUGUUCGACUGGCUCCUGAACGUUACGGCUGUUGCCGGCUUCAUCAGCUGGUCGUGCAUCAACAUCUGCCAUCUCCGUUUCAUGGCCGCUCUCAAGGCCCAGAACAUUCCGCGAAGCUCCCUGCCGUACACGGCCCCCCUGCAGCCGUACUUGUCUUGGUACGGUCUGUUCUUCAACGUUCUCAUCAUCCUGACAAACGGCUUCGCCGUCUUCAUUGAAUGGAGCACCAGCGACUUCUUCACUGCCUAUGUCAGUGUCAUCUUGUUCGUCGUCCUGCUGGCCGGCCACAAGAUUUUCAACCGCACCAUGCCUCUCAAGGCGAUCGAGGCUGAUGUGACCACGGGUACCCUGCGAGCGAGGUCAUGA